AUGGGUCUCGACCAGUUAGUAGAUUCCAUAACGCCGUAUAACAUAAGGCCUAUAGCAAGUCAUCUUUAUGUGCCUCCAUUCGCCGUUGUCACUGCUAUCUGGACGUAUGUCUGGUUCAACAACUUUGGAUAUGACGAGUAUUAUGAACUUGGAAUGCUCGGUUAUGCCGUCAUUUUUGUGCUACUAUGUCUCGUUUUACUUUUCUGUCACUGGUUGAUGCCUGUUCGAUGCUUCUUCAUGUGCUCCAAGCAAAAAGACGUUCAGAAAUCAUCACACGUCUGUGUGGAGCCUACACAAAAUAAUGGAUGGCCAGAACUAGUUCCACUGAUGAGAACAAAACGCGAUCAGCAGACAAAACUGUGGUUCGAGUUUCAACGAGUUCAUUAUACAUGGGAAGAUGAGAGUCAGAGUUUCCAAACUAAAGUAUUGGAUACCUCUAAAUCUAUGGAGUUUUUCCAAAAAUCUCAUGGAUUUGAUACUGAAGAUCAAGUUAAAGAAGCAAAAUAUCUAUUGGGAGAUAACAAAACGGAAAUGGUUGUUCCUCAAUUCUUGGAGAUGUUCAUCGAAAGAGCUACUGCACCAUUUUUCGUCUUCCAAGUUUUCUGCGUUGGAUUAUGGUGCCUCGAAGAUAUGUGGUAUUAUUCACUUUUCACCCUUUUCAUGUUGAUGACUUUCGAAGCAACUCUUGUCAAGCAGCAAAUGAAGAAUAUGGCCGAAAUACGUAAUAUGGGAAAUAAAACGUAUAUGAUCAAUGUUCUGCGCGGUAAAAAAUGGCAAAAAAUCAAAACCGAAGAGCUCGUAGCUGGAGACAUUGUUUCUAUUGGAAGAGGUGGUGAAGAUGAAUGCGUUCCAUGUGAUCUAUUGCUUUUACGAGGACCUUGUAUUGUUGAUGAAUCGAUGCUGACCGGAGAAAGUGUACCACAAAUGAAAGAGCCGAUUGAAGAUGUUGAGAAAUGUAAAAUGUUCGAUAUUGAUACGGAUAGUAGACUUCACGUUAUUUUCGGAGGAACCAAAGUUGUACAGCAUACAGCUCCUGGAAAAGCUGCUGAUGGAAUGGUGAAAUCUCCUGAUGGGAACUGUAUAUGUUACGUCAUCCGUACCGGUUUCAACACAUCGCAAGGAAAACUUCUCCGUACAAUCAUGUUCGGCGUUAAGAAAGCAACUGCUAACAAUUUGGAAACAUUUUGCUUCAUCCUCUUCCUUCUUAUCUUCGCAAUUGCAGCUGCUGCAUAUCUUUGGAUUAAAGGAUCAAUUGAUGAAACUAGAAGUAAAUACAAGUUAUUCCUUGAGUGUACUCUCAUCUUGACUUCUGUCAUUCCGCCCGAGCUUCCUAUUGAAUUAUCUCUAGCCGUCAAUUCAUCACUGAUGGCUCUUCAAAAGCUUGGAAUUUUCUGUACAGAGCCAUUCAGAAUUCCAUUUGCCGGAAAAGUUGAUAUUUGUUGUUUCGAUAAGACUGGAACUUUAACAACUGACAAUUUAGUCGUUGAAGGAGUUGCUCUGAAUAAUGAGAAAGAAGGAAUGAUUCGAAAAGUUGAAGAUCUCCCCCUCGAAAGUCUUCAAGUUCUUGCAUCGUGUCAUAGUCUCGUUCGAUUUGAUGAUGAUCUUGUCGGUGAUCCACUUGAGAAAGCUUGUCUUUCUUGGUGUGAUUGGAGUCUGACAAAAGGAGAUGCUGUUAUGCCACCGAAGACUUCAAAAGGAAUCACUGGAAUAAAAAUCUUCCACCGAUACCAUUUUUCAUCGGCUUUGAAGCGAAUGACCGUCGUUGCUGGAUACCAAGCAUCAGGCUCUUCUGAUACCGUAUUCAUCGCAGCUGUAAAAGGCGCCCCCGAAGUGCUUAGAAAUAUGUAUACGAAUCUUCCUGAUGAUUAUGAUGCAGCUUACACUCGUCUCACCAGACAAGGAGCACGUGUUCUCGCUAUGGGAAUUCGGAAACUCGGUGAAACUCGAGUUGGUGAACUACGUGAUAAAAAACGAGAGAGCUUCGAGAAUGAUCUUGUCUUUGCCGGUUUCGUAGUGAUUUCAUGUCCUCUGAAAAGUGAUACCAAAUCCAUGAUCCGAGAAAUCAUAGAUAGUUCCCAUGCUGUUGUUAUGAUUACCGGAGACAAUCCAUUGACAGCCUGUCAUGUUGCAAAUGUACUCAAAUUCACUAAAAAGUCGUUGCCAACCCUGGUCCUUGAUGAACCGGAGGAUGGCGUGAAUUGGGUCUGGAAAUCGGUCGAUGGUCUUAUUGAGCUACCCUUGAAGCCUAAAACUAUCAACAAAAUGGAAAGAAUAGCAUUUUUCAAAUCACACGAGUUUUGUCUUACUGGAUCUGCAUUCCACCAUUUGGUACACAAUGAACACACUUUCCUCAGAGAAUUAGUUCUACAUGUCAAAGUUUUUGCCCGAAUGGCUCCGAAGCAAAAGGAAAGAGUUAUCAAUGAAUUGAAAUCUUUGGGGAAAGUUACUCUGAUGUGUGGCGACGGCACCAACGACGUUGGCGCGUUGAAACAUUCAAAUGUUGGUGUCGCACUGCUUACCAAUCCCUAUGACGCCGAAAAAGCUGCGGAAAAAGAAAAGGAAAGAAAGGCAAAGAUUGAAGAAGCUAAAUCAUUGGUUCGUGGAGGAGCUACGAUUCCUCCUCGUCCAAAUGCUCCUGGUGCACCUGCUGUUCCCAACACAUCUCGUCGUGAUGCUCCUCCUGGUGCUCGCGCGCGGACAGCUCCGUCGCCGAUGGCCAACAACCCAGCUCAAGCUCGCCUGGAAAGUCUUAUGAAAGAAUUAGAAGAUGAAGAAAAAGCUCUAGUGAUAAAAUUGGGAGAUGCUUCUAUCGCAGCACCAUUCACUAGCAAAUACACGUCUAUCGCUUCAAUCUGUCACGUCAUCAAACAAGGUCGUUGUACUCUCGUCACCACUCUUCAAAUGUUCAAAAUCUUAGCACUCAAUGCUCUUGUCUCUGCCUACUCCCUCUCUGCUCUUUAUCUGGACGGUGUCAAAUUCAGCGAUACUCAAGCUACUGUUCAAGGCCUCUUACUGGCUGCUUGUUUCCUCUUCAUUUCAAAGUCUAAGCCACUGAAAACUCUGUCUCGCCAACGACCUAUGGCUAACAUCUUCAACGCGUAUACUCUCCUGACUGUAACACUUCAAUUUGUUGUUCACUUCUCCUGUCUCCUUUACAUUGUUGGGCUGGCACAUGAAGCGGAUCCAAAGGAUGGUCCAACAGAUCUUGAAGCGAAGUUUACACCGAACAUUUUGAACACAACUGUAUACAUCAUUUCGAUGGCUCUCCAAGUUUGCACGUUUGCUGUCAAUUAUCGAGGAAGACCAUUCAUGGAGUCCCUUUUCGAGAACAAGGCUAUGCUGUACAGUAUCAUGUUCUCUGGUGGAGCUGUUUUUACACUUGCAAGCGGUCAAGCCACAGAUCUUAUGAAUCAAUUCGAACUUGUCACGCUUCCCGAAACUCUCCGUAACGCUCUUCUGAUGUGCGUCUCGGCAGAUCUUGUCCUAUGUUACAUUAUUGAUCGUGGACUCAACUUCUUCCUCGGAGAUAUGUUUUAA